AUGCUUCUGCAAAGCCAAGCCCGACAGCAGCAAAAGCACCACACACCAAAGCCCUCCGAAGCACCACCAAAGACAGCAGUAACAGCAGCAGCAGCAAAGCCAGCAGCGGCAGCAGCGGCAAAGCCAGCAGCAGCAGCAGCAGCAAAGCCAGCAGCAGCAGCAAAGCCCGCAGCAGCAGCAGCAAAGCCUGCAGCAGCAGCGGCAAAGCCGGGACCUGCUAGUGCUGCUGCAGCUAAACAGGCAGGACAUGCAGCAGCAGACGCCAAACCAGCAGCAGCAGCAGCAAAACCAGCAGCAUCAGCAGCAACACCAAAAUCACCAGCAGCAGCACCCGCGGCAGCUAAGGCAGAAGCAGCUAAACCAGCAGCACCAGCAGCAGCAAAACCAGCAGCAGCAACUGCAGCAUCGCCAAAACCAGCAGAAGCAGCAGCAGCAAAACCAGCGGCAGCAGCAGCAGCAAAACAACCAGCAGCAGCAGUGGCAGCAAAGCCUGCAGCGGCAGCAGCACCGGAUGCAGCCAAGUCGGCAGCAGCAACAGCAGCAGCAGCAAAACCGACAGGAGCACCAGCUGCAGCCUCUCAACCAGCAGCAGCAGCAGCAGCAAAACCAGGAGCAGCAGCAACGCCGGCAGCAGCAAAGCCGGCAGCAGCAGCAGCAACACCAGCAGCAGGAAAGCCUGCUGCAGCACAAAAGGCAGCAGUAACGAGUCCAGCAACAGCAGAGGCAAAACCAAGGGCAGCAGCAACAGCAGCGAAGCCAGCAGCAGCAGCAGCAAAGCCAGCAGCAGCAGCAGCACCUCCAGUUAAGCCGAUGCCUGGGGUCAAGGAAGCAGCAGCAGCAACAGCAAAACCAGCAGCAGCAGCACCAGCAGCAGCAAAGCCAGCAGCAGCAGCAGCACCAGCAUCGAAGCCAGCAGGAGCAGCGGCAAUAAAUGCAGCAGCAACUAAAGCAGCAGCAACACCAGCAGUGGCGGAGAAGUCUGCAGCAGCAGCAGCAGGAAAAGCAGCAGCAGCAGCAGUGCCACAACCAGUGGGAGCAGCAGGAGCACCCAAAGCAGCGGCAGCAGUAGCAAAACCGCUAGCACCAGCAGCAGCAAAACCACUAGCACCAGCAGCAGCAGCAAAACCAGCAGCAGCAGCAAAACCAGCAGCAACAGCUAGCAUCAAGAUUCCUGCUGAUGCUGCUGCUGUUUUCAGCCCAAAGAGCCCCGCUGCAGCUGCUGCAGCAGCAAAACCUGCAAAACCAGCAGCAGCAGCAAAACCGGCAGCAACUGCAGCAGCAAAGCCAGCAAUAGCAACUCCAGCAGCGAAACCAGGAACAGCAACUGCAGCAGCAAAGCCAGCAGCAACAACUGCAGCAGCAAAGCUAGCAGCAGCAAAGCCAGCAGCAGCAACUGCGGCAGCGAAACCGGCAGCAGCAACGCCGGCAAAGGCAACAGGAGCAACCGCAGCAAAACCAGCAGCAGCAGCAGCAGCAAAACCAGUGGCAGCAGCACCAGCGAAACCUGCAGCAUUGAUAAAGCCUGCAACAACAACAGCAGCAGCAAAGCCGGCAGCAGCAGCAGCAGCGAAACCAGCAGCAGCAGCAAAACCGGCAGUAGCAGCAGCAGCGAAACCUGCAGCAGCAGCACCAUCAAAACCACAGGCAGCACCAAUAGCAGCAACAAGAGAAGAACCAGGAGCUUCUCCUCAAGCAGCAGCAGCAGCAGCAGCAGCAGCAGAUGGCCGCAGCUACAGGCUAAUUCACUUGCUGAGGUCUCGGCCGCCGCUGCUGCUGCUGCUGCACAGCGUGGAGGAGCAGCUAAAAGCAACAGCAGCAGCAGGAGCAGCAGCAGUAGCAGCAGCAGUAGCAGACACAGCAGCACACAGACGCAUGACCCCGCAACUGGGAGACAAACUAGUAGAAGACACAUCAGCAGCAGCAGCAACAGCAGCAGCAGCGGAAGCAGAAGCAGCAGCAAAUGAAGGGGUCCAAACAAUUAACUGCAGCAGCAGCCCCGUGCUGCAGCUGCUGGACUAUUGCAGAAGACACGCAGAUGUUUAUUCAAUUUGGAAUUGGGAAAAAGAGUUGCAGCGCUUCGAAGGCGAAAAGAGAAAAGCAAAAGGGACAAAACAAUUUGCUGCAACAGCAGCAGCAGCAGCAGACCAUUCGAGACACAAAAAGGAGAAAAAACAAUUUGCUGCUGCACCAGCAGACCACUGGAGACAAAAAGAGGAGACAAACAGAUUUGCUGCUGCUGCAGCAGCGAAGCAUAAACGAACAAAGGAGGCUGCUGA